AAAAGGUACACAACAUCAUCUCUCUCUCUCUCUCUCUCUCUCUUAAUCUCAAACCAUACCCUAAUUUCCCCCACCGAAAGGCUCACAAAAGCUUCCAUUUCUCUCUCUAGAAAACCCUUUUCCAACAACAUUCUUCGCUUACUUGCUACGCAUAUACUCCUCCGUUAUCCCUCCUUAACCUAAACAGGGACAAUCGGUUUUCUCAUCGAAACGCCCUAAACAACCCUCUUUUUUGAUUCUCUGUUCGUCGUGAUUCAUUGGUUUCUUUCCAUUUUCUUCUCUCAUUUCGACGUUUUUCGGUUGUUUUCCUCCUGCUUUUUAUUGGGUUUCGACUUGAUUUCAUUUUUUCCCCUGUUUUCGUAUUUGGGUCGAUGGCGGAAUUUGAUCGAACUAAGUCUUCUUCCUUCUUCAAUCGCUCCGUUACGUUGCACUCCUCCUCUAUGGAUUCCAACAUGAAACCCUACCUUCGAGCCUCCCUUAAUCGGACGGAUUCUGUCAAGAAGUAUUACAGCCCUUUCGAAUCCAUGAAAUCUGCCUCCAAUUCGAUUAAAGGGAAGGUCAAGCAAUUGUGUAAUUUGUUUGAGAGCGGUAAGUCUUCUUCUUCGCCCACCGACGGAUCGCAACAUCAAAUUCAAAGCAAGCUUAAACUCCCAAAAUCCUUCGCUUCCGAUUUCCGGGUUCCUUCCAUUCGAUUGCCGGGUACUGAGGAUAGAAUUGUGGUGUAUUUGACCAGUUUACGAGGGAUUCGAAGGACAUAUGAGGAUUGCUAUGCCGUGAGGGUAAUAUUCCGAGGUUUUAGGGUUUGGGUAGACGAGCGUGAUGUAUCAAUGGAUUCUGCCUACAGGAAAGAGUUGCAGAGUGUUAUGGGCGAGAAAAAUGUCAGUUUGCCUCAAGUUUUUAUUAGGGGAAAGCAUGUGGGAGGAGCCGAGGUGAUCAAACAACUCUUUGAAGCUGGAGAAUUAAUCAAGAUUCUCAAGGGGUUCCCGGUUCAGGAACCCGGAUUUGUCUGUGAGGGUUGUGGAGAUGUAAGGUUUGUCCCUUGUAUGACUUGCAGUGGGAGCAGGAAGUUGUAUGAUGAAGAUGAAGAAGUCUUGAAGAGGUGCUUAGAUUGCAAUGAGAAUGGAUUAAUUCGAUGUCCAGAAUGUGCUUCCUGAAACAUUCUUGGAACGAUCGAAUGAAGGAAGGACCGAGGCAACCGAUGUUCUUCGGCUCUCUUCAUGAGGAUUCAUGUAUGUGGCUGCACUUCGAAUUAUUUCUACUGUCUGGUCUUCUCAUAGAAUAUGAAGGGGAGAGGAAAUGAAGAAAUGCUCUAACUGCUGGUAGACUGAAGGGUAUCAGCAAUGGAUUUGGAUGUUGUUCAUGAAUUUUCAUAGCUUUUGGAAGAAAGGUUAUAAAAUAGUUACUAUUAAGUUUAUGACAGGAUCUCAGGCUUAUGACUAGCAGAAUGUGUGUGGGGAGUACAUGGAUUUGAAUAUUUGAAUUCUUGGGAGCUGCAAACAGUUUCUAAUCAUCUGUGUUUAUUAAUUCCGA